AUGAAGGUUAAGAAAAAAGGCAAAGUGCACCCACCUCCACCACCAUCAUCCAAAUCUCCAGAUAAAGAUCCCGACACAGUGUUAAAGCUACUGCCAGUGACUAUUCUAGCUUUAGCCCUCUCUCUUCCUAACCAAGAUCGUGAGGUUUUGGCUUACUUGAUAGCAAGGUCCAUUUUUAUCACCACCACAACAAACCCAUCUUCACUUGUCACUCAACAUCCUAAAAACAAAUGCCAAACCAAGACCGCCCCUACCACUGCCAACAAGAAUGGCAAAUAUUGUGGCCAGGAGGUUCCUCUUUUUCAAUGUGGGUGUUUUGAUUGCUACACUAGGUUUUGGUAUAGAUGGGACUCAUCUCCAAACAGAGAUUUUAUCCACCAAGUUAUUGAAGCAUUUGAUGAGCAUUUGGUGCAGAAUAUUGAGUGUCCAAAGAAACACAAGAGACGCAAGAAGAAAGGUAAGGUCUUGAUGAUGGGCCAUUUUGAAUCUGAUAAUACACCUGAGAAAUCAGUGCCUGAAGCUGAAUGUGAAGUGAUGGUAGUGCAAGAAAAUCUUGAAAGUGGAGAGAUUGAGGUUGUGUCCGGAGAGGAGACAGUGGGGUGUGGGGAGCUGACUGGGAACCUGGAAAUGGAGGUGAUGACAGUACAUUCUUCAGGGAACAAUAAUAACCACAAGGGCCUGGCUAGGAAGGUUUUACCGGCUAUAGUGGGUUUACUGAACUCUCGUUUAUGGAGUAAUCUAUGGAGUCGGGGCAUCAACAGGGAGGGGUUAAUAUUUUGGGGAAAGUCUUUGAUUUUCAUAUGGCAUAUAGACAUGGUGAUGGAAGUGAAGAACAAUGGAUGA